CUCCCCUCCCUGACCCCGCCCCUCCUCCGCCGCCUCUGAGCUCAGUCAGGUGUUUCGUUCUUCAGAAACGUUAACUUCACAUUUAGAAACUACCUGGUUGGAUAUUUCGGUGUCGGGGACCUGAACUCGGUCGAGGUGAUGCUGAGACGGAUCCUUCAGAUGACUCCUGGGAAGGGAGGCUCCCAGAACGCUGAGUCAGAGCAGCCCAGCACAGACCUCAACCACGAUCAGACGUCUGAGGGCUUCAUCUGUCCUCAGUGCAUGAAGUCUCACAACUCUGCAGAGGAGCUGUUCAAGCACUAUGAGCUGUUCCACGAUACCGGAGACCUGCCCGCUCAGAUGGCCCCCACUCGGGAAGAUCUCACAAUGCUGCGGCAAGAAGUUCAGGACCUGCAUGUUUCUCUCAAGGAGGAAAAGUGGUUCUCUGAAGAGCUCAAGAAGGAGUUAGACAAAGUCCAAGGACACCUGAAGCAAAAUGAUGAACAGACGGUCUCAGAGGAUGCAGCCCUUGAAAGGAAGUUGAAUGAAGCGGAGACCGAGAAGUUCAACAUCAAGCAGAUGAAAGACCUGUUUGAGCAGAAGGCUGCCCAGCUGGCCACAGAGAUAGUAGACAUAAAGUCCCGCUAUGAUGAGGAGAAGAGCCUGAGGGAGGCUGCUGACCAGAGGAUGGGCAAACUGACCGAACAGCUACAGAAAGAGAAGCAGGACAACGAGAGACUCCAAACAGAACUGCUGCAGCGACCGGGAGUGGAGGAUGUGGAGGUGCUGCAGAAGGAGCUGGUGCAGGUCCAGACACUGAUGGACAGUAUGACCCGGGAGAGAGAGGACGAGACUGACCGCCUCAAAAUGCACUACGAGCAGCUGCAGGCUAAUUACACUACCUCAGAGAUUCGUAAACUUGAGAUGACCAUAUCCCAACUAAAAGCAGAGCUGGAGAAGGGUCCACAGGAAGCAGCUGUCUACACACAACAGAUCCACCAGCUGCAGAGCAAUCUGAAUAAUCUGCAGCAGCAAAGCCAGAGCCUGUCUGAAAAGUGUGCACGUAAGGAGAAAGAGUACCAGGAGCUGGAGGAGCGUCUGGGAGCUGAGAAGGCUGCCAAGAAGGGAGCUCAAGGCAGCCUGAGAGAGAGGGAGACGGAGGUUCAAGAGCUCCAGACUCGGGCCACGGGGGCCGAAGCCUCCCUGCAGAAGGCCCAGACGGAGCUCGGAGAGAGGGCCGAGGAGGCGGCGAAGUUGAAGAGCGAGAUCACGGAGCUGGAGGUGAAGCACGCAGAGCUGAAGGUUGAGAGGAAACAGCUGGAACAGCAGAGGGAAGAGAAAGACAACCAAGGUGCUCAGCAGCAGACUGAGAUCGGUCAGCUGCACGCCAAACUGCUGGAGGCGGAGAGGCAGCUGGGCGAGGUGCAAGGUCGUCUUAAAGAACAGAGGCAGCUGUCUGGGGAGAAACUAAAAGACCGCGAGCAGCAAGGCGCAGACCUGCAGCUCAAACUGUCCCGAGCAGAAGAACAGUUGAAGGAGAGUGGCAGUAAGAACACCGACCUGCAGCACCAGCUGGAGAAAGCCAAGCAGCAGCACCAGGAGCUGCAGGCGCUGCAGCAAAACACCAACGGCAAACUCCGCGAGGCACAGAACGACCUGGAGCAGGUGCUGCGUCAGAUCGGAGAUAAGGAUCAGAAGAUCCAGAAUCUGGAGGCUCUGCUGCAGAAGGGUAAGGACAUCGUGAGCCAGCUGGAAACCGAGAGAGACGACUUGUGUGCCAAGAUCCAGGCUGGGGAGGGAGAGACGGCCGUGCUCAACCAGCUGAAAGAGAAAAACAACGCACUACAAGAACAGGUUACACAGUUGACAGACAAGCUGAAGAAUCAAUCGGAGAGCAACAAGCAGGCCCAGGACAACCUCCACGAACAGGUCCAGGAGCAGAAGACCCUGCUGCGUUCAGCCCAGGACCGAGCCCACACCCUGGAGACCUCCGUCACCGAACUCACCACCCAGCUCGCAGACAGCAAGGAGAAAGUAGCCCAGCUGGAUGCUCAGCUGAAGGCAAAGACAGAGAUGCUGCUAUCUGCAGAGGCAGCCAAGGCUGCACAGAAAGCUAACCUGGACAACAACCUGGAGACCGCUCAGCAUGCUCUGCAGGACAAGCAGCAGGAGCUGAAUAAAGUUCAGAAGAAGGUGGAUGAGCAGAUCCAGAGGCUCAAGGAGAGACAGGAGCAGUGCACACAGCUGGACGGCACUCUGAAGGAAUGCAAAGACAAACUAAUGGCCUCAGAACAGCGUAUAGAGCAGCUGGAGGGGCUCAAUAAGAAAUUGGAGUCUCAGGUCGGGGAGGUGCAGACCACACGGGACCAGAUGCAGAAAGAGGUGCAGAAGCUGCAGAAGGAAGGGUCAGAGGUCAAACGGAAAGCAAAGGAGCUGCAGCACUCGCUGGAAACAGAGAAAGCAGGGGCUACAACACUGCAAGAAGAGUUGAAGAAAAAAGCAGCUGCUUUUGGUGACAUGCAGCAGCAGCUGGAGCGCAGUGAGCAGGACAACGCUGCUCUGAAGGUGAACCUGGACAAGGUGACUCAGGAGGGAAAGACAAAGCACGCAGAUCUGGACAGGAAAGCUCAGAGCCUGACGGUGGACCUGCAGAAGGCCCAGCAGGAGAAAGAGGCUCAAAGGAAGGAGCUUUCCUCGACGCAGGAGAGUCUAGGAAAGGCUAAUAAGGCACUGAAAGAGAGUCGGAGUCAACUGGACACAGAGAGGAAGAACCAUAAGUCAGCCAUGGAGGAGAAGGAAAAGUCCAAUGAAAAGGCCAGACAGGAGCUUCUUAAGAAUAACGAGGCCAUCACCAAGGCGAUGAAAGAAUCCAAAGAGCAGUUGGAGCAGAUGGGAGAGGCAGAGAAAAAGUUGAAAGUGCAGCUGACCACGCUGGAGCAGCAGCGCUCCAACUCUCAGGGGGCGCUGAAGGAAAAAGAGAAGGAGCUGGAGAAGCUGCGGGCGCAACUUAAGACGGCCCAGGGGUCCUUCGAGGAGGAGAUGAAGAAACAGAAGGGCCAAGUGGCAGAGUUACAAGAAGUUAAUGUCAAGAAGACGGCAGAGGAGGGUAAACUGAGGGCCCAGGUGUCGGGGCUCGGCCAGGAGUUGGCCUCUGAGAGCAGCCGGUCGAAGGAGCUGCAGAAGGCCUUGGAGCAAAGCAAGGGAAGCCUCGCUAAGCUUCAGUCUGACUUCUACGGCAAGGAGUCUGAGGUCUCUGCCCUGCGUCAAGACCUAAAGGCCUCAGAGGAGAAGCUGAACUUGGCUCAGGAAGAGCUGGCCGCUAACCGAAGCCAUCAGACAGGUUUAGAGGCUCAGAUCCAGGAUCUGCAGACGGGCCGUGGAUCGUUGGAGCAGGAGCUGGUGAAACGGGACCAGAAGCUCCAACAACAAGAACAAACCCUGAAGGAACUACAGAAGCGACAGGGUCAAGUAAAGGAGGAAGUGGAGAAGGAGAGGAGCAAAGUGGAGGAGCUGAACAAAGCCAAGAGUGUCCUGGAGAAGAAUAACACGAGACUGACUUCUGAAUUAAAAGCACUAACGGAGAAGAGCGAGAAGGAGCUGGGUGAGUUGCGGGAAGCCAAACAGAUGUUGAUCCAGCAGAAACUGGAGCUGCAGGGUCAGGUGGAGGCGGCACAGAAGACCCUGGAGCAGGAGCAGAAAGAGCACCAGGCCACCAGGGACAGCAGGAGCCAGAGAGAGGAGCAGCUACUCGCACAAACAAAGGGCGUCCAGGAUCAGUUGUCGUCAGAGAAGCGAGCCAGAGAGGAGCAGGUGAAGCGUGGGGAGGAGGCGGAAGCUAAGAUUGGCGUGCAGGUGACGGCUCUGAAUGAAAACGUGGCCACGCUGAAGAGAGAGUGGCAGGGCAGCCAGCGGAGAGUCGGCGAACUGGAGAAGCAGACGGACGAGCUCAGAGGAGAGAUCGCCGUGCUGGAGGCCACCGUCCAGAACAACCAGGACGAGAGACGGGCUCUUCUGGAGAGGUGUGUGAAGGGCGAAGGCGAGAUCGAGAAGCUGCAGGCCAAGGUGGUGGAGCUGAGGAGGAAGCUGGACGACACGACAGCGGCCAUGCAGGAGCUCGGCAGAGAGAACCAGUCGCUCCAGAUCAAGCAGUCCCAGAGUCUGACCAGGAAGUGGGCCGAGGAUCACGAAGUGCAGAACUGCAUGGCCUGUGGGAAAGGCUUCAGCCUCUCCGUCAGGAAGCACCAUUGCAGACAUUGCGGCAACAUUUUCUGCCACGAGUGUUCCGUGAGGAACGCCCUCACGCCGUCCUCUAAAAAGCCAGUCCGGGUCUGUGACACGUGCUUUGAGGAGCUCCAAGGCUGAUUUCCUUCUCUUUCCCUUUACCCCACCUCCACCCCCCCACAACCCUCUUUCUCCCUCCACUUCCUCCUUCAGCGGGCAGAAGAAGGUCUUUGUCAUAUUUAAUGUGCACUAUUAAGGACAGACCCAGUGCAAAGACUCACCACCUGCAUGUGACUGGUGGCUCUGGUGAUGGAGGAGAAUAACUGAAUGGUUUUAAUGAGGAGACUCCAGAGCCACGGGAUGGGAUGGGGGGGGGGAGUUGGGAUUGGGAUUGGUUGGGAUUGUCUGUAUCUGUUUUUGUGCCUUUGCUACUCCUGUGGACUGCCAGAGAGCGGAGACAGUGAGAACUAAACACACCACCCAUCUCUUUAAGUUCACGUUCUUCAUCUCCAUCGUUUGUUUGGAAUCAUUAGCAAGUGCGAGGUGGUUGUUGUGUAUGUUGUGAGAUGUUUGGGAGGAGGUGUGACGUCAGUGUGAGGUCAGUGUGACACUGCGAGAGUGACUGGGGGGGAAGUAAAUAUUGUAAAUGGUGGUGUUGAGAAUCGCUGCUGCCCUACAGAAGGGAAAUGCAGGUAACUGAUUAGUCGAGAAAAGCCAAAUCUUGUAAAUACCCGAUGUGACAUAUAGAAAUUUAAAUUCUGAUAUUUAUAUGAAGAGAUGUAUAAUCAAGUAAUCAGUGAGGACAAACAUAUUUUUGGAAAUGUUUUCAGUUAAACUGUAAUAACUUCA